AAGUUUAGGAGGGAGGAGCUGCAGAGAGAGCUGUGAUCCGUGCACCAUGUCCGCUCCCGUCAGGAUUGCGAUCUGCCUCCUGCGGAACGAUCUGCGGCUGCAUGAUAACGAGGUCCUGCUCUGGGCUCACAGGAACGCGGACUGCGUUGUCCCUCUCUACUGCUUCGACCCGCGGAGCUACGGCGGGACCCAUCACUACAACUUCCCCAAAACGGGUCCGCACCGGCUGAAGUUCUUCCUGGAAAGCGUGCGGGAUUUACGCAGUACCCUCAAGAAAAUAGGAAGUAAUUUGAUCCUCAGAAGAGGGAAACCGGAAGACGUCAUAGAAGAUUUGGUGACGACGCUGGGCUCGGUGUCUGCGGUUGCGUUACAGGAGGAGGCGACUAAGGAGGAGCUGGAUGUAGAGAACGCCGUGAGGCUCCUCUGCGCUCGGCGCGGGAUACAGUUUCACACCGUUUGGGCAUCCACUUUGUAUCAUCACGAUGACCUUCCGUUCCGGGACAUCUCCAGGCUGCCCGACGUGUACACCCAGUUCAGAAAGGCGGUUGAAGCUCAGAGCAAAGUGCGACCCACUCUUCAGAUGCCGGACCACCUGAAGCCUUUGCCCCCUGGCCUGGAGGAAGGAGGCGUCCCCACUCACCAGGAUUUCGGACAAGAAGAUCCGUUGACAGACCCUCGGACGGCGUUUCCAUGCAGCGGCGGAGAGACCCAGGCCUUGCAGAGACUCGGCUACUACCUCUGGGAUACGAAUCUUGUGGCUUCCUAUAAAGAGACUCGCAAUGGACUCAUUGGGAUGGAUUAUUCUACUAAAUUUGCCCCGUGGCUCGCGUUGGGCUGCAUCUCCCCGAGAUACGUUCACGAACAGAUUCAGAAAUAUGAACGCGAGCGAACGGCCAAUCAGAGCACCUACUGGGUUAUUUUCGAGCUUCUGUGGAGGGAUUAUUUUCGCUUCGUGGCGCUGAAGUACGGGAGGAGGAUUUUCUUUCUUAGAGGACUGCAGCAGAAAUCCGUUCCGUGGAAGAAAGACGCGAAGCUCUUCGACGCGUGGAAAGAGGGGCGCACCGGGGUUCCCUUUGUUGAUGCCAACAUGCGCGAGCUGGCGAUGACCGGAUUCAUGUCCAACAGGGGCCGGCAGAAUGUGGCCAGUUUCCUCACCAAAGACCUGGGGAUUGACUGGAGGAUGGGAGCAGAGUGGUUUGAGUAUUUACUGGUGGACUACGACGUUUGCAGUAAUUACGGGAAUUGGCUGUACAGCGCGGGGAUCGGAAACGACCCGCGGGAGAACCGCAAGUUCAACAUGAUCAAGCAAGGACUGGACUAUGACGGCAAUGGGGACUACAUCCGGCUUUGGGUUCCCGAGCUGCAGAAGAUAAGGACUGGCGAUGCUCACACUCCCUGGGCGCUGAGCGACGCGUCUCUUGCGCAUGCUGAGGUGUCUCUGGGGGAGACCUAUCCGUUUCCAGUUGUUACGGCGCCAGAAUGGAGCAGACACAUCAACCAGAAGCCCGCUGGUGCUAUGACAUCAUCAAGGAGAGGAAAGGGUCCGUCACACCCACCUAAACAACACAAGAACCGGGGGAUAGACUUCUACUUCUCACGCAAUAAAGAUGUCUAAAUCCGGCAGGAACCCUCCGAGCGCUCGUCCGUCAGACUGGACCGGUGGGGAAGCCGGGCUUCAGUGACUGUAUUCCCCCCCGAGAAACGCGCAGGGGGUCCACUUCACAUGCAAGCGCCCCCCCAACCCAGGAUUUUAAGUUUUAGAUUAGUAUUUAUUUCUGUUUGGUAGGAAUUGGGCUGAGAAUCUUCAUCUUCAGACCGGAAAUGACUGUAAAAUGUUGUUUGUUUUUGUUAUAAAAUGUUUUUGGACUGUUACAUUUUUAACUUUUAAUGUUAAAUAAUUUAGAACCUCGGCCCCUCGCACUCCCAAUCCGCUGCUCCGGUAACAGAUCGUCAGGCGGCCGCUGGCCUUAAAGCAACGUCCCAUCAACACCAGCCCGGCCCCUGGCUGGGCACAAACCUCCUCAGCCUCGAUUAUUGUACUAAAUGCAAACAUUAAAGCUUUUUUAUUUGAUUAAAAA